GAGUGCCGACUCGGUCGCCGGGGGCCGGGCUUCUCUGGCUCGCUAACUCAACUGCCGUGGAGGAUUCGUGCGCGGUAAGCGGUUACGAACGGCUAAGCGAGAUAGGACCCUGGGACCCCCAGAUGCUGUACAGUCCUCCCGUUCGUUCGCAGGGACCUGGCGGGAAGGCACAGCGACUGACUGCUUUAUAAGAUACUGCUGAUGAAAUCAUGACCAGGUGGGCACGAGUUACUACCGCACAUAACAAGAGACCUUUGACUGCAACAUCAUGGGAGGACAUGAAGAAGGGGUCCUUUGAGGGAGAAGGUCAAAAUCUAUCAAAGAGUAAACAACUUGAAGCCAAAAGGCUCUCUGUUAGAAAUGAUGCUCCUCAAGCAAAACACAAAAAGAACAAAAAGAAAAAGGAGUACUUAAAUGAAGAUGUAAAUGGAUUCAUGGAAUACCUAAGACAAAACUCACAGAUGGUUCAUAAUGGAGAGAUGAUAGCAACAGACAGUCAGGAGGUAAGGGAAGAAAUUGCAGUUGCUUUGAAGAAAGAUAGUCGACGGGAAGGAAGAAGAUUAAAAAGACAAGCAGCAAAGAAAAAUGCAAUGGUAUGUUUCCAUUGUAGAAAACCUGGCCAUGGGAUUGCAGAUUGCCCAGCUGCCCUUGAGAAUCAAGAUAUGGGCACUGGAAUAUGUUAUCGGUGUGGGUCCACAGAGCAUGAAAUAACCAAGUGCAAAGCCAAAGUAGACCCAGCUCUUGGUGAAUUUCCUUUUGCAAAAUGUUUUGUUUGUGGGGAAAUGGGGCAUCUGUCCAGAUCAUGUCCUGAUAAUCCCAAAGGACUCUAUGCUGAUGGUGGUUGCUGCAGACUCUGUGGCUCCGUGGAACAUUUUAAGAAAGAUUGCCCUGAGAGUCAGAAUUCAGAUCGAAUGGUCACAGUUGGUCGCUGGGCAAAGGGAAUGAGCGCAGACUAUGAAGAAAUUUUGGAUGUGCCUAAGCCACAGGAACCCAAGACAAAGAUACCUAAAGUUGUUAAUUUUUGAUAAUGAUUAGUACUAUCAUUAGUUACCACCUCAUUGUUAAACAUUCUGAACCGGGCAUACUUCACAAAUUGGAGCUGGGCUCCCUUGGACACCUGUUUUGUAGAUACCAGUAUGAUCGGGGAAUGGUCACAUCGUUUCCUGAGUGCUGUCAUUAAAGAGUGCUUCUGUCACCGGAGAAAAUCACUGAAGAAAAGUAGAAGAUGUUAAAAUUGGAUUCUCUAAAAGAACAUUUUUAACAGACAGAACUUAGGUAUAACUAAGUGGUUAUAUGCCUGAUUGUAACAAUCAUCUUUCUUUUAAAAACCAUUCAUUAAUGUGAACCACCCCUAAGCAAAGUAUAACUGCUUUGCAUUUGGAAUUGAAUUUUUGGUUAUAUUGUUUUCUUGGUUCAAAAUAACAAUUUAUUAUUAGGAAUUUAUAAGUUGCCACAAAAUCUACUGUAUUUUUAAAAUAUUUAAUAAAAUUUCAUUUGCUAUUUACUUAUUUUUCUGAAUACCUUGUUCUGGAUUGUACUAGCCAUUGUCUGUUUAUAUCUGUGUACAAACCCUUUGGAAACACCAUCUUUUGUGAAUUCUAGAUGAGAUUAAUUUUGGUUAAUGUUUGUUUUAGUUUUGACAUAAAGAAGUACAAAUUAUUGAGGUAAAAUAGAAGAAUACCUUAACAGCAGCUCUUUGCUCUUGAUUUUCAAGAGACAUUCUAGCCAAAAUUUAGUUUGGGGUAUUCAACCAGAAUGAUGGCACUUAACAGAGUGUAUUUUACACUUAAUAGCAUUUUGUUCACAUGUCUUAGAUGCGUCCAGGUGAGAUGCAAGUAUCACCAUAAUAGAACACUAAUCAGAGACCCAUUAGCUUCUUUGAUUUGAUGAAUACAUGCAUACUUAAUACAUAUAUUUCACAAGGCUUAGGGCUCCCAUUGUACUGUUUAAUGGAAUGACUCUAGUGGAUUAUGUGUUUCAUUUGGAAUUUUACCUGAUUGGAUACAUUUGUAACUAAAGGAAACAGCUGUGAUUAGUCACUGAUGCUUCAAAAGCAAAAUAUUUACCAAAUAAAAGAAACACUUUUCUCUGUUUUAAUGUCUGCAUAGCUCAACAGUUCUAGUCCUAAUAGGAGCUGUUCUUUUAUUUUUGGUAAGAGAGGAAAACACGACAGAAUACAGCUCAGCAUCCCAGAACUUAAGGAAAUGAGUGCCAUUUAAAAGAAGUCACACAAGUCGUGCAGCUGGAAGAGGACAGCAGUGCUGCCUUAGAUAUUUAGUCCAAACAUGCCCAGAUUUAUUUCACCCGUCCUAUCAGGUGCCAAAGACUCUGGAGAGUCAAAAGCUUCCUCAAGUGAGGAAGGCAAACAUUAAAUUUAUUUAUGCACUAUAUAUUUCUCCAGUCCCUGCUAUGUUCCUGGUACUCUUUUAGGCACUUGGGAUUGUGGCCAUGAUAAAGACAAACAAGGCCACGUGCAUUCUAAUGGGGCUUUAGGAUGGAGAGGAGACUUGGGGGGAAAAUACAUAUCAGAGAUAUCAGUAUAUCAGAAAAAUAUCAGAGAUAUUUGAUUACAUUUUAAAAGUGUUCUGUUGAAUCCCCUAGGACUUAGUCAUUAGCAUUCUUCCUUCAGUCCUCUGGAAAUGCCACCUCUUAAAAGCUUAUCUUUCACUUUUCCGUGGCUGAGUCCUAAAUCCAUCUGCCCUAAUAUCUCUGGUUUCAGUUCCUCCUUGGAUGGUGUUUCACCAACACCUCAAGUCAUUACUGCAGUAAUUUUCAAAAACAUAUACAUUCAAAGACCUAUGAUAGGCAGAAGUUAGAAACGUCUCAACUACAGGAGAGGUUUGAAAUUUUACCAUACAAAAUUUUAGUGUAAUGUAACCCCUUUAUUGCUGAUUUUUUUCACCUUUUUUAAAAUCUAAAAAUAUCCUCAAAAAUCUAUCUACUUCUGAAAUGUAUAGUCAUUUAAACCUGCAUAUCCACUCUUAUUGUACAUCAGUGUUAAUUCAUAAAAUUGGAGCACAGUCUGAAAUUCAUGUAAAUGAGAGCCUGCUGACAUGGAAUAAAAAUAAUUAACAACCAGA